AUGGAAAAUGAAAUCAGAGCAACUGAGGCACUUUUAGAGAAGUAUCGAGAAAAUGGAUUCUCAAGUGCUGAGACCACAGCCCGUGAAAUUGCAGAAGAACUAAAUAUUCCAAGAAAUUUUCCAUCAAUUCGCAACAAUAGGAAGAAAAAGUUGUUUGAUUAUGAAGGAGACGACGAAAGCGGUAGUCAAACGCCCCAAUCACAGUUCAAAACUGACUUUUUUUUUGUGCUUGUGGACCAAGCUUUACAAUCUGUACGGGAGCGUUUCCAACAAACACAUGAUGUGGCUGCUGUAUUUUCAUUUCUGUUCAAUCAGAAAAGUCUUUUUCAAGCAUACAAAGACAACACCCUUUUGCUGAAGUGCCAGAAUUUUCACAAUAAAAUGGGUGAUAUAGAUCCGUUUGAAAUGGAGAUGGAAUUAAAGCGAUUUAUUCAUUUAGUUUUAGAAAACGACGAAAAGCUAAAAACUGCAAUACAUUUUCUGAAUUAUAUCAACAGCAAAUGUCUCCAGGAGGUGUAUCCUAAUGUCGCUAUCGCACUCCGUGUUUUGUUGACUUGCCCUGUGACAGCAGCAACUGCUGAAAGAAGCUUCAGUAAAUUAAAACUUAUCAAAAAUUUCCAUCGCUCAACAAUGACGCAAGAUCGGCUGUCUUCUCUAGCCAUGCUCUCAAUAGAAAGUGACUGUGCCCGGAAGAUAAACUGUGACCACCUUAUUGAGGUCUUUGCAGACUCAAAAGUUCGUCGAAAGCAUUUAGUUGAGCCUCAUUGA